CCACGUCAUUAUCACCGACACGUGUCAGUUUAAAACCCACACGCCACAUGAUCCAUUGGCUCGUUCGGUGUUAGCCACCGGUCUCUCUCAUCUUCUGAUUCUUUCCUCUCUCUCUUUCUUCAUUUCUUCUCUGUUCCCCAAAAAUUUUGGGCGCAAAAAUCUCUCUCUCUCUCUCUCUCUCUUCGAGGAGGAAGAAAAAAAAGCGAAAAGUCUUCUCCUUUUUUUAUUUAUUUGAAAAACCCUAACACGAGUCCGCCGUCUUUGGUCUGAAGAAUCUGGGUAUUGAUUGAUUUUGGCUUCUGGGUUAAUCGUUUUGAUGUCAAUUUCUCCGCUUUUCUCAAUCAUUUUCGAAUCGUGUCUGAUGAGUUCUUGAUGAAGAUUCAGACUUUGGUUCUCUUGUAAUUGAUCAUUUACGUGUUUGAUUCACAAUCAAUGCCAUAUGGCUGAAGACAGCCUACGGGUUGGUAUGAUUUCAUCUGGUUUGGCUGUUUUACUGAAUGGUGAAGAUGCUAAAGAGAAUUCGUCGAAAGCUCGUAUUGUUCCACAUUUUGAUUAUUCUGGUCACCGGCCUUUAGAACGGACUAUCGAAUUUAUAUUUGGUCUAGCAGAAAAGUCUGUUGGUCCAUUGGAUGGUCAAGUAGACAUUAGCUUGAUUAGAGCCGUGAUUAAGAAUCAGUUUUCGAAGCUUCAUGGUGAAUUGGAUGUUUCAGUUAGUCAGAGAGAAGGAAUCAGUGUAGUUCAUCAUGGUGUUGGACCUCCUGUUGUUGGCCUUGAAGAGUAUAGCUUAUGUGGUGAUAUCAGGAUUGUGAAGCCACCUCUUGUGUUGGAGAGCUUAGCACUAUUCAGUAGCGCCAGGGCUAAUGCUUGUAUUUGGAAAGGAAAAUGGAUGUAUGAAGUCGCUUUAGAGACCUCGGGAAUUCAACAACUUGGAUGGGCAACACUUGCUUGUCCUUUCACUGACCAGAAAGGUGUGGGUGAUGCUGAUGAUUCAUAUGCUUUUGAUGGUCGAAGGGUAAGCAAGUGGAACAAGGAAGCUGAACCUUAUGGUCAAUCAUGGGUAGCUGGGGAUGUCAUCGGUUGCUGCAUAGAUUUGAACUGUGAUGAGAUAUACUUCUACAGGAAUGGUGUCUCCCUCGGUGCUGCAUUUACUGGUAUUAGAAAACUUGGACCUGGAUUUGGGUAUUACCCUGCUAUAUCUCUCUCCCAAGGUGAGAGAUGCGAGUUAAAUUUCGGCGCUUACCCGUUUAAGUACCCGGUUGAAGGCUUCCAACCUCUUCAAGAAGCUCCACCUCGAUUUUCUUUUGCAACAGAGCUACUACGAUGCUUCUCAAGACUGCUGGAUAGGCCAGACCGCUCGUUGGCUGAUACAUUAAGUCGACUGAGGAGAUUUGCCUCGGUUGAAGAACUCUUUUCCCCUGUUUCCUCUGCUAUAUGUGAUGAGUUCUUUUACAUACUUGAACAAGACCCUUUGUUGCCUGAGUACUUGGGACGGGGUGCAUUUCUGUCAUUCCUCUUGGAGAUUUUCAGAUCCCAAGCACCGCAUGAUUCGUCAAGUUUAGACAAAGUUCUUGAUGUGCUUCUUGAGUUCCCACAAUCUCAUUUGAUCUUUGAGCAUGUAGUAAACGCUCUGGCUUGUGGCUGCAAAACAGCGACACUGAUUCUAACCGAAUGUCCAUACUCCGGACCUUAUCCCUAUCUUGCGCUGGCUUGUCAUUUGUUAAAACGGGAAGAAUUGAUGGUACAAUGGUGGAGAUCUUUGCAUUUCGAGUUUUUGUUUGAAGGUUUCUUGUCAUGUAGGAGUUCCAACAAGCAUGACUUACAGCAGUUAAUGCCUGUUGUUUGGUGGCCUGGAUCCUCUGAAGAUAUAUCCCACGAGAGUAGCAUGGGAUUUACGAUCUCCGCUCUCUCUGAAGCCAUUAACAAGAUUGAGGAGAAGCAGAGGAACCUCUGUCUCUUGGUCAUACAAUUCAUACCACCUGUAUCACCUCCCCAGCUUCCUGGUUCAGCGUUCCGCGGAUUCCUACAGAACCUCUUAUUGAAGAACAGAGGCGCAGAUAGGACUCUGGCCCCUUCUGGAGUUACACGCAAUUCAGUUCUUGUCUCUCUGUUCUCAGUUGUACUCCAUUUUUUGUCAGAAGGUUUCGCAAUGCUGAAGAGUAGUGAAGCCGUCCAUCACAAUGUUGGUUUUCUUCACAGAGGUGGACAGCAGAAGUUUCCAUUGAGUUUGUUUCUUAAAAAUGAUCCACAUAGAGCUGAUAUCACUAGGCUUGGUGGGCUAUUUAGUCAUAUAUCAAAGUCCUACCCCACAGAUGAUCAAGAAGAAGAAAUAAUGCGGUGGGAAGAAGGUUGUAUGGAUGAUGAACAGAAUAGAGUAACUCACGCGACUGAGCAGAAGCCAUGCUGUUGCUUAGCUUAUGAUACCGAUCUUACUAAAUCCUUGAAAGAUCGAGGAAAAAAUACUGCUCAAAGCUCUUGUGGUCGAUGCAGUUCCAUUCCUGAGAGUUCCUCUCAUGUUGCUGCAGAAUGUAGUGCUGGAAGUUUCAGUGAAGAAAUAGAGGACAAACCUAGCACAAGUAAUCAGUCUGACCCUGACUUUGGUUAUCGUCCAGUAAGAUUUAUGCGGACUGCACUUCAAGAGAGUAGAAUCUCAUCUGCUAUACUAAGCGAAGAAGAACUAUUGGAUGCUCUAUUGCUAUUAUACCAUAUUGCUGUUGCUCCAAAUUUUAAGCAGGCAUCAUAUUACAUGUCUCACCAAACGCAAUCAAUAUCACUUCUUGAAGAAACUGAUAAACAGAUAAGAGAGCGGGCUUCUAGUGACCAAUUAAAGCGCUUGAAGGAAGCUCGCAACAACUACAAGGAAGACGUGAUGGAGUGUGUUAGACAUUCCGCAUGGUUCCGCAUCUCAUUGUUCUCUCGAUGGAAGCAAAGAGGAAUGUACGCAUUAUGCAUGUGGGUUGUACAGCUACUUCUGGUUCUCAGCAAAAUGGAUUCUGUGUUUGUUUAUAUUCCAGAGUUCUACGUUGAAUCUUUGGUAGACUGUUUCCAUGUGCUUCGCAAGAGCGAUCCUCCGUUUGUCCCGUCAACAACAUUUAUCAAACAAGGACUUUCAUCAUUUAUCACUUUCGUAGUUACACACUUCAACGAUUCAAGGAUAUCGAAUACAGAUCUUAAAGAUCUACUUCUCCAGUCAAUAUCUGUCCUGGUACAGUACAAAGAGUACUUGGAAGCUUUCGAGAACAAUGAGGCAGCUACUAAACACAUGCCUGCAGCACUACUGGCAGCGUUUGACAACAGAUCUUGGAUCCCUGUCACAAAUAUAUUUCUUCGUCUUUGCAAAGGUUCUGGCUUUAGUUCUUUAAAGAAUGGGGAGUCUUCGGUUUCAUCUACUGUUUUCCAGGCGCUUCUACGAGAUGCUUGUAUUAAUGAUGGUGAAUUACUCUCUACUUUUCUUAACCGGCUAUUCAACACACUGAGCUGGACCAUUACUGAAUUUUCUGUCUCGGUGCGAGAAAUGCAAGAAAAGUAUCAGGUAAUGGAGUUUCAGCAAAGGAAAUGUUGUGUGAUAUUUGAGCUUUCAAGCAAUCUCGCAAGAGUCUUAGAGUUCUGCACUUACGCAAUACCACAAGCAUUUCUUGCUGGGACUGACACGAAUCUUCGUAGGCUCACUGAGUUGAUUCUUUUUAUCUUGAAUCACAUGACCUCAGCAGUAGAUGACGAGUUCUUUGAUCUGUCACUUAGACGGCAGGGACAACCUUCAGAGAAAGUUAGCCGAGGGGUCUUAUUAGCUCCUUUGGUUGGUAUAAUCUUGAAUCUCUUGGAGGCUAGUGAAGACUCAAAACCGAAGCAACAUGAUGUAAUUGGUCUUUUCGCAAGCAUGGACUGUCCCGAUACAGUCUAUUUCGGGUUUCAAUAUCUCUUGGAAUAUAAUUGGGACGGUUGUGUAAGCGGGGAUGAUGCGUAUGUAAAGAAACUUGGACAACUUGAGAACUUCUUGAACAAUCUCAUAAACCGGGCUUCAUCGCAAGAACCCGAAAGAAAAGAAGAGCUGUUCAACAAAGACACGACGGAUAUAGAAGACAACACUUGCUGCAUCUGCUAUGCGGGGGAGGCUAAUGCAAUGAUUGCUCCAUGUUCACAUCGAUCAUGUUAUGGCUGCAUAACUAGACAUCUUCUCAAUUGUCAGAGAUGUUUUUUCUGCAAUGCUACGGUGAUAGACGUUAUAAGAGACAAAGAAGUAGAAGACGAUGAUGAUCACAAAAGAAGCACCUGAAGCUCGGGUUAGUUGCGGUUUGUUAAUGUAGUAGACACACUGAAGGAAAGAUCUUUAGGGUGGGGAGCAAAGGAAGAAGGAUUAUAGAUUUUUAUAGGAUAAAUAAGAAACAAAAUGAAAAACAAAGGUCUGUGAUAAUUUUGUAGGACCUGGUCUUGUGGUUCUAGGCCCCUCUUUUUUUCUUGUAUAUAUGAGAAUGAAAUGGAAAUGAUUUAAAGGCUCUUAUGUUUC